GCCGGGCGCACCAGCCUGCGUCUGUGGUUACCAGUGCUGGGAAAGCAGGCUUCAAAUCUCUUUACAGUUUUACCUACCUCGAAAUAAUUGUUAAUAUUCGUCCCGAGGAAUAAGAUGUUGGUUUUAUUAUUUUUAAUCUGUCCAUUAAGUUUUGUUGAUUUGGUGUGUGUUGGAACCUGGUUGAGGGAUGGCGUGAGGGUUGGUGCAUCACGGGAGGUGGCAACAUUCAAGUGCAACAUUAGGGGAGGCUUGUGUUUGUCUGGACGGAGAGUGUGACGGUUGACAGUCCCCGUGUCACUGGCCGUCACAUCUGCGUGUCGUCGCUACAUGGGAGUGACCAUGGGGCGCCAGCUGCUCCUGGUGUGUUGGGUGUGGUGUGCUGUGUGGUGGGUGGGAGCCACGCCCGCCUCAUCCAUCCCUAAUCGCCAAGAACUGGAACAGCACCAACCCUAUCCUACCGAUACACACGGACAGUCAAUUGUGAUGAGGAUGAUUGAAGAGCAAAUGGAGCUCGCCGAAGAGAUGAGGGAGGUGAUAGAGAGGGUGGACAACCGCACGGGGAUCCUCACAGCUCUUCUUCUGGGCAGGUUGAACAACCUCUCCCUGGCUCUCUCCUCUCAGCUCCAGCCUCGCGACCCUCUCACACAAGAGUUGAGGCGCGUGUCAGAGGGCGUUGAGGAGCUGGCGCGAAGCUGGUCGACACACCUGCAGCAGGAGGAAGCUGCCCUCACGAGAGAAAACGUGACCCUCGGCUUCCUGAAGAAGAUCAAUAAACUUGAGAGAGAGAACGAGGCGUUGGAGAGAGACAACGCGCUGACAGUCAUCGAAGCUCAACAGCUGAAGGAGGAAAAUCGUCAGGUGAAGACCGAGAUCUUGCAGGUUGAAGAGGAGAACAGAAAGGUGAAACAGGAUGUCCGACAAGCGGAGGAGGAGAUGCGAGAAGUGCAGGAGGAGAGACGGAUAGUGGAGGCGGAAAAACGGGUAGUGGAGAAGGAAAAGAGGGAAAUCGAACAAGAUAACCGCAACCUGAGGGCGGAAAUUCGCCUGAUGGAACAGAGUUUGCGGGGAGCCCAAGAGAGGAAUGCAAAUCUUGAUCAACGGAAUGAGGAAAUGAAGGAAGAAAAUGGCCGUCUGAAGAAUAGAGUCCUUCAACUGGAAGGAAACUACUCCAGAGAAAACUGUCUGAGUGAACUUGAUCAGGAGGAAAGCAGGCUACUAGAAGAAAGAAUCAAGGAACUAGAAGAAGAGAAGAAAAAUCUGAUGACAACGAAUGAGCGACUUAUGAAUGAUAAUGGUAGCAAAGAACAGGAAAUUAGAAAACUACAAGAGGAAAUGAGGACACUUACGAACAUGGUGACAGAUAAUGAAGGCAUAAAUAAUGGGAUUUGGUUAAGAGGAACAACACGGGUUACUGAUGUAAAAGAGCAAGAGAAAACCGAUACCGUAGAACGGAAUAACACGCGCAUGACUGAGGAAUCCAUCGAGAAGGAACGUGAGUUGCUGGAAAUUCUAGAACAGAUGGGGGCACUGCUAGAAAAAGUUACGGAGAUGGAGAGUAAAAACAAACGGCUCGAGCAAAACCAGACACUGCUGGAAGAGGAAAUCGAGAAACAUAAGCAGGAGGUAACUGAAGAAAGAAGAGACAAAAUGAUCCUCAGAGAUAAAGUCAUAGCCCUCGAAGACAAGGCUCUUGCCCUGGAAUUUGUCAACAUUAAGUUAACUGAGGAAAAUAGAGCAAAAUCAGAUCACACUUUUACAGCAAGAGAGGAAAGUAGAUUCCAAGUCGAAAGCCUACAGCAGGAGAAAAUGCAAAUGGAACAGAAUAUUUCGCGGUUGGAGGAGGAACGUCAGGCAAAUGAGAGUCAGAACAGACGACUACUUGAGGUAAAGAAACAGCUGGAAGAAAAAAUCAUGGAACUAGAAGAAGAAAACUGGAGAAUGGAGCUCUCAAGCGCUCAGCUAGUUGAGGCAAAUGAGAGGAACAGGCAACUUCUCGACGAAAAACUAGCACUAGAGGACAAGGUGGGAAAGCUGGUGCAAGCAGAAAGGGAAAGGUGGAAAAACAAAAUAGCUGUGCAGAACGACGAACAAGGGAAAGAAGAGCGUGAAAUACUGACAGCUAAAGUAAUCAAACUAGAAAAAGAGAAGACACAACUCGAAAUCAACAAGACAAUUUUGGAAGAGGAGCUUCAGCAACUGAAAGAAGAGAAAAGGGAAGUAGAAGAAGUUAGCAGGAUGCUGGAGACGAGAGUAAUGUUAUUAGAAGAAGAGAAGUGGAGCCUGCAGGAAAACAACACCUGGCUGAUAAUGGAUAAAGAACAAAGGGAACAUGACAAGAUGCAACUAAAGGAGGAGAAGAACACAUUUGAAACUAAAUAUCAGGAAAUGGAAAAGCGAAAAAUGAAGGUAGAAGAGGACAACCUACAGUUGAUGGAGGAUAAGGAAAAGAGAGAGCAGGAGAAUAACGAACUCCAGGAGGAGAACAAGGCACUAGUGGCCAAAGUUCUGGAGUUGGAGGAAGAUAAGUGGCAGCUAGAACAAGGAAAUACGUGGCUGGUGGAGGAAAAUGAGGGACUCCUGGUAGAGAAGAAAAGAAUGGAAGGAGAGAAGAGGAAGUUGGAGGAAGAGAAGCGGACGCUGGAAGAAGGUUCACGCCAGGUCCAGUUGGUCCAUCGACAGUGCCAAGGCAACCUCACCAAAAUUUUACGGCGAGCUACUGACUGCGCUGCUCUGUACUGUCUCGGGUCCAGGGAAGAUGGCGUUUACACCAUCUAUCUCCCCAAGGAUGAAGAAGAGCAUCAGAGCGUUUCCGUGUGGUGUGACAUGACUACCGACGGAGGUGGUUGGACGGUGUUCUUGGCGAGACAGGAGCAGGGAGCACAGGAGAACUUUGCCAGGAACUGGGAGGACUACAAGACCGGCUUUGGCAGAGCAUCCUCUGAGUACUGGCUUGGUAACGAAGUGAUUCACAGCCUUACCACCGAGAAACCUCAAUCCCUUCGUCUUGAUGUGAAGAAUUACCAAGGAGAUCAGCGCUGGGCCCAGUGGGAGACCUUCAGCGUCGCCUCCGAGCACGACCAGUUCGGGCUUGAGGUGACGGGGUACGAUAACAGCAGCACCCUGGGCGACACCCUCACAGGCGAACACACACUCCACAACACCAAGUUCUCCACCAUCGAUAAAGACAAUGAUGGUUUGGUUUACGGAUCGUGCGUGGACUUCUUCUCCGGCGGGGGAGGCUGGUGGUACAGCUACUGCUCCCACCUCAAGCCUACGGCGCCCCUGGCAGCCGCCGGGCGCAGCGACACCCUCAUGGCUGCCUAUUGGACCCCCGGAGUACUCACUUGGGUCAGACUCAACUGGCUUCAAAUGAAGAUCAGGCCUAGGGACUUUCCGGCCUGCACCAGUUGAUGGGAUGAAUAAUGUUCAAGGUUACUCUAGAAUAUGGUCAAAUGAGUUGAAAGAUUGAAAGGUUUGUCAAUAAUUAGGUAAAAUUAUUUGACCGAGUGAAAGAUUAAUGUAGGAUAAGGUCAAAUGUAAGUGGAGGGAAGGAGUCGUCACUUUAUGACCUAUGACUCAAAAUUCUCUGUCCUUUAUCGAUCUAUGACUCAAAAUGAUUUAUCCUUUGACGAUUUAUGACUAAAAAUUCUUGAUUCAGAUUGUCAAAGACAAAAACACAAUCUUUCUUUUUCUUCGUUGAAAUGUGACUAAACAACAAAUAUUUUGUUUGAUGGUCUAUGACUAUUUUUUUCUUUGAAGAUAUAUGAAUUUGAAAGCUCUAUACCUCGAGAGUUGAUGAACUGAAAGAAUAAAAGGCUAGUCUUCGACACUGCCAAGUGUAAAUCGGGUAACUUUAAAGCUUAGUUAAUAGAUAAAAACUGCAAAAUGGAGUAAAUUUUUGCGACAUAAGGCAGGUUUAAGAGGUAGAUCGACUAGCCAGCAUUUAUAAAUUAGAAAUUCAAUGUGAGAUCAAACAGAAGGACUUAAUAACUGGCCGAAGCAUUACCAGUAGUUGGAGAGUUGAUGUUCUCGGCUGAAGAAGAACCCAGUUGAGAGCAAAGGUUUAAGCCUUAAAGGCAUCAAUUGCAUUGAUAAAAAAUAAUGAAUUAAAUUAUAGGAGCAAGAAGGUUGUUUUCUUAGUACAAGUUUAUAUUAGUAUUUGGGUUAUAUUUUACAUCUUCAUGAGGGAGAUCUACUGGACUCAUCCUGUAUGUCGUAUAUGUAAAUAUUGCAUGUGACUAGCAGCAUCUGCAGCCUACAACAGGACAAGCGUUAAUAGGAACAGUUGGAAGAGCGUCUGUGCCUGUGUGUGCUUACGGGAUGUUGAGGCGGAAGGUGGGAGAAAAUUCCGUUACUUAAGCAUAACUUACUUGGAAUAUGUAAUUUAAGUACGAAAAUUCUCCUAAAGGGAAUGUCCAACAGGAGAGUUGUAUUCUAGGCACGUCUGGGCCGCAACUUCGUCAUUUAUCUGUAUCGUAAGUAUAAGUUGUUUAAGUGUAAAUAUGAAGUAAAGGUUUAGGAACACUUUA